CCUCUUUUUGGGUGUCCUCACUCUCUCCAACGCUCUGGCGAUACUCAUAAAUGGCCUCUGAACCUCCUCAGAGAUGAGCACCGAGUAUUUGCUGUGAGAUUUCUAGGGUUUUUCUAUUGAACUUGAAACCUAGACAUAUAUGUUUAUGUGAAAAAGAAUCUCUCUCUCUCUCUCCUCUUCCUGAGAGAGAAUUAUCGUUUUCAAUAAUUGAGUCUUUCCGAAAGAAAAUUUCGCUUCUCUCUCUAUACCUGCAAGAAAAUUUUGGUUUUUUAUUCUUGCGUCUCUCACUCUGAAAGAAAUUCUUCUUGGGUUAUCAUUGUUGAUUUUUCGUUCUUGGGUACUUCUCUCUCUGUCGCUCACUAGAAUUUUACGUUUUUUUAGUACCGGGUGUCACUUUGAAAGAUUUAUUUGGUCUCUCGAAAGUAUAGAGGUUAAUGGGGUUUUGAGAACUGGAACUGGACAUGGGUUUGAGGUACCAAGCAGGGUUGUGUUUGAUAGGUACCGUUGUUGUCAUAUGGGUGACAUCUGCAGAAGUCACACAAAGGAUAUUUACAGAAUAUAAACAUCCAUUUGUGCUCACGUAUAUAGGGGCAUCUCUUAUGGUUGUUUAUCUCCCUAUAUCUGCUCUCAAGGACUGGAUUUAUCGUUUGGUUGGGGCUAAUUCAUUUAAGAAUCUCGGAACUUCGACUGAUUUUCUUAACACUUCAAUUGGAUUGGAUUCUCCCUUGAGAGUUAAUGGAAUGCACCACAGUUUGGAGUCUAAGAUGAGAAAUUGCCUGACUUAUGAAAUGGGUUUCCAUGCCUUGGAAGAGGGAAAGCCGUUGAUUCCUAAAACAGAUGAUGAUGGUGAUUUAUUGGACCAAAGUGGUGAGGUCACUUCUUGGGAAAUUGCAAAGUCUAGCUUUUGCCUUGCUCCUAUAUGGUUUGUAACCGAGUACUUUUCAAAUGCGGCACUGGCGCGAACAAGUGUUGCAAGUACCACAGUCUUGUCGUCUACCUCAGGCCUUUUUACCCUUUUCAUAGGGGCUGUACUUGGCCAGGAUUCAUUAAAUGCCCCAAGGGUUAUUGCUGUAUUUGUUAGCAUGGCUGGUGUUGCUAUGACCACUCUUGGGAAGACAUGGGCAACUGAUGAUUCGCAAUUGAGUAUUUCUCAAAGUGGGAAUCACUCCAUCAUUGGAGAUGUCUUUGGUCUUCUAUCAGCUAUAACUUACGGCCUAUUCACAGUCUUACUCAAAAGAUUUUCUGGAGCAGAAGGAGAAAAGGUUGAUGUCCAAAAGUUGUUUGGCUACAUUGGCCUAUUCACUAUUGUAGCCCUUUGGUGGCUUGUGUGGCCUCUAACUGCUUUCGGAAUUGAACCCAAGUUCAGCAUCCCUCAUUCUGCAUCAGUGGAUGAAGCCUUGCUCUUGAAUGGCUUUGUGGGCAGUGUGCUUUCUGAUUAUUUCUGGGCACUCUCGGUUGUUUGGACGACUCCUUUGGUAGCUACGUUGGGUAUGUCUCUCACAAUACCUCUUGCAAUGGUUGCCGAUAUGGUAAUUCAUGGACGCCAUUAUUCAGCUCUUUACAUUCUUGGUUCAGCUCAGGUAUUCACAGGGUUUGUUAUAGCUAACCUAUCUGAUAAAAUGUUCAGCUAAAAUGGGUUUAUAGCUUUUCGGUGGGUGAAUAUGCAGUCCAAGACCAGCAAUGUCCCUCUCUAUCUCUCUCUCUUACCUUUAUUUUUUUUUUUUAAACAAUCUUUGCUUAAAGGCAGAAGAUCAGAGCCAAUCUACAAUUGGGGAGGCCCUGAAAGUGUAAAUAGAUCACGGUUGUAGAGGAACAAACAAAUCUAGAUGGCUUUUUCUACAAAGGAUCAAAUAUGGAUAGAUAUGAAGCGGUUUGCAUGGAAGUCACUGACUGCUUGCUCAAAAACUCACUCUCUCUCCCGCUUUCCUUUUUUCAAAUGUUAAACACUGAAAGUUCCUUUUAUUCCCGGCAUGUAUACUUUUUGGUUGAUUUACUAGAAAUGAUCACAUUAAAGUUAGUCUUAAGACUCUC